AUGACAGACAGGGUCCCGUGGUGGAAGGCUUUCCUGCCAAAAAAGAAGAGCGGAGGCUCCAAUGUGGACUUUGACCCCUUUGCACAUGCUGAUAAGCAAAAAGACCCGGCGACCUCCAAGACCGGCGGCGACCAGCCCUCGUCUCAACAAGAGUCCAACAAGACCUCCAGCAUCCUCAGCGACGACACCUACGACGACUCCCGCCUGGAGUCCGUCUUCAACGAGCAGACGUGUCGCAGGAACAUGAAGGUGUCCCGCUCAGGUCGAUUCAAGGAGAAGCGGAGAGUGCGCUCGAGCCUUCCUUUGCAGGACAAAGAGACAGAGAAUGGGGCAUCGGGCAGGGAGGACAUGCGGUGA